ACCAUUUUGUUUAGACCAGUGUACUUUAGGAAGCUUUGAGGAGACAUUUAACAUGGCGGAAUUGUUAUAUUGUUUGGGGAGCAAAGUAUGGGUCCAAUACUACACGCAAUUUUCUUAAGUCAAAUAAAGGCUAGAUUCUAUACAUCCGUAGCAGAAUAAAGUACUUUCUGAGAAAAUAGUUGAGACGGCUGGAGCAACUGAGCAAGUUGGGCAAGGAUCGCGUAUGUAUUUGUAAUUUAGCUUUUUAUCUUCAGCUCUUUCCUUCCUGGUUCUGGAAUUGUUUUCAUAUGUUUAGUUGAGAAUCUUGGUUGCUUUACAAGUAGUUCUGGAAUAAAAAAUAUUCUUCCUUAUCUUCUUUGUUACUUUAAGCAUCAGAAUAUGUCUCCUUUGUUCUUAGCCAUUCUACUAUUUAAGGUCCUUUGCUACAAUGUUAGUCAGCAAGUUCAUUCCAGUUUAAGUCUUAGAUAUCUUCUCCCAAAAAGCAAGUGGAAAAAAUGUCCAACCCGAGCUUUCUUGAUUUCCAAUACAACCUCUCGAAAAGAAAAUUCCUGCGUAAGCCGACUAGGAUGUUUACUAGAGAGAGGCAGAACUCACGUUCGUUGCCUGUUUACCAACCUAGCCUUGAUGAUCUAAAGAAAGUUUUUGAUAGAUUUGAUUCAAACAAAGACGGCAAGAUUUCACCAGAAGAGUACAAGGCUAUACUCAAAGCCACCGGGAAGAAAACCCUCCUUACAAGGGAAGUUCAAAAGAUUUUUGACGUUGCAGAUGCAGAUGGUGAUGGAUUUAUUGAUUUCAAGGAGUUUGUGGAAGUGCAGAAGAAGGAAGGCGGAGUUAAAACUAUGGAUUUGCAGAGUGCUUUCUGCACUUUUGACAAGGAUGGUGAUGGAAAGAUCAGUGUGCAGGAAGUGUACGAGCUGCAGAAGGGGCUCGGACAACGUUGCAGCCUUCAAGAUUGCAGGAAAAUGGUGAAGGCUGUGGAUGCAAAUGGAGAUGGUGCCAUUGAUAUGGAUGAAUUUGUCACUAUGAUGACUCGCACUAUGACUCUUUGUUAGAAGUUUUUAUCCCUAACUGAAGGCCCCUUCUGGCAAUUCCAAGAUCAUUGGUCAUCACAGUUCACUUAGUUGUGCGUUCCUUGUAUAAAGGUUUCUGCGUGCUGCUUAGUUCUGAUUGUAGUUUGAUAUUUUGUGAGAAGUCUAUAGUUUCAAUAUGAUUUAAGGGCUCAUCCAA